AUGGCGCCAUCCACGAAUCUAAGCCCUCGCGUGGAGGAGUUGAAGGUUGGACCCAGCAAGAGACAUCAGAACUGGCUCAAAGAUCCGGGUCUGAGGAAGCUGAAUCUGGGCAUCUUCUGCAUGUUCAUGUCGUCGGCUGGCACGGGGUACAAUGGAAGCCUUAUGAAUGGAUUGCUCGUUCUACCAGAGUUUACCAUGAUCACCGGUGGUUUGAGACCCAGCAUUCUCGGACUACUCAUUGCGGCGACCUCGUUAGGGGCCUUUUGCGCUUUCACUCCAGCAUCGUACAUUGCCGACAGACUCGGACGGAAAUGGUGUGUUCGUGUGGGAGCUUCCCUCGUCAUCCUAUCCGCCUUCCUGCAAAUAUUCGUGAAGACACACUGGGCUUUCUUCGGCUGUCGGGUUCUGGCCGGAGCUGGUGUUGGCACCGCCCAGACUGCAGCACCAUUGCUGGCCACGGAGAUUGCGCAUCACCGUCAACGACAGACGGCUACUGCCCUGUAUAAUGCCUGUUGGGCGCUGGGCUCCAUCACAUCGGCCUCCGUCUGUUUCGGAACUUUAUCAAUGUCCUCCCACUGGUCAUGGCGAGCGGCGUGUGUGAUUCAGGCCUUCUUCCCAAUUGUCCAAAUUAUUGGCCUGGCUUUCGUACCAGAGAGUCCACGCUGGCUAAUUUCCAAAGGGAGAAAUGACGAGGCUUUGGCAAUCCUGAUCAAAUAUCACGCCAAUGGAGAUAAGGAGGAUGAGAUGGUUCAACAUGAAUUCCACCAGAUAUGCGAGACGAUCAACAUCGAGGCAUUGGAGCCAAGAAGCUGGGGCUCGUUCUUCUCGUCCCGCGGCGACAUGCACCGCCUGAUCAUCUGUAUCAUGUUGGGUCUGAUGCAAGAAUGGGCUGGAAACGGCAUCAUCUCAUACUAUCUCGCACCGAUCCUGGCCUCCGUUGGAGUGACCCGAGCUGCCGACCAAGCAUCGGUGAAUCUGGGCCUGCAAUUUUGGAAUCUGCUGCUCUCUUCGGCGGGAGCAAUUGCCUCUGAGCGAUACGGUCGCCGUCCACUAUGGCUGGUUGGAACCAUGAUCAUGCUUUUCUUCCUAUGCAUGAUGACCAUCGUGGCCGGCGUGUUCCAAGAAAUGCACAUCGCCGCCGCUGGUAUGGCAAUGAUUCCUAUGAUCUUCCUCUUUUUCUCCGGUUUCAAUAUCGCCUAUUCGCCUCUUUUCAUUGCCUACGCUGCGGAAAUUCUACCUUUUCCCCUUCGCGCCAAGGGAAUGGCGAUCGCCUUGACCACCGACGCGGUGGCCUGCUUCUUCAAUCAAUACGUGAACCCGGUCGCCUUCGCAGCGCUGCAUUGGAGAUAUUACCUGGUCUAUAUUGGGUGUCUGACCUGGUUCCUUGUCACGGUCUACUUCCUGUUCCCUGAAACCAAAGGAAGGACUCUCGAGGAAAUCUCCAUGAUCUUUGAUCGCAAGGACAUAGUCAGCGAUGAAUCUAGUGAGGUUUCCCAGGAGAUCCACACCGCCACAGAGAAGGUUUAG